AGCUAACGAGCUCGUAGCGGCGGUAGUAGAGAAGAGCGCUCCCUUUUUGUUUCUUUUGGAAACCAGGAAAAAAAAAGAGAAUAAAAUUACCAACCAGCUAUCAGCGGAAGAUUUUAAACUCGUGGAUAAAAAUGUCGAUUGUGCCUCCCAGUCGCUCCAAUACCGGCUGGCCGCGCCGCAAUUCAGACCAGUUCACGAACAAAUACAUGAGCAGCGGGGCCUCAUCGGGCCCGACCAAACCGCUCACACUGGAGAGGACCAUCAACCUAUACCCUCUCACCAAUUACACCUUUGGCACUAAGGAACCUCUGUAUGAGAAGGACAGCUCCGUGGCUGCCAGGUUCCAGCGUAUGCGCGAAGAGUUCGAUAAGAUGGGCAUGCGCAGGACAGUGGAGGGUGUUCUCAUUGUCCACGAACACAGGCUGCCUCACGUGUUGCUUCUGCAGCUGGGAACAACGUUCUUUAAACUGCCUGGUGGAGAGUUAAACCCUGGAGAGGAUGAAGUGGAAGGGCUGAAACGCCUGAUGACAGAGAUUCUUGGACGACAAGACGGGGUGAAGCAGGACUGGGUGAUUGACGACUGUAUCGGCAACUGGUGGCGCCCAAACUUUGAGCCUCCGCAGUACCCCUACAUUCCAGCUCACAUCACCAAACCAAAGGAGCAUAAAAAGCUGUUCCUGGUUCAGCUGCAGGAGAAAGCGUUGUUUGCCGUUCCCAAGAACUAUAAACUGGUGGCUGCACCGUUGUUUGAGCUGUAUGAUAACGCUCCUGGAUAUGGACCAAUCAUCUCCAGUCUACCACAGCUGUUGAGCAGGUUCAAUUUCAUCUACAACUGACUGGAGUGAACAGAAGUGUGUCAGGCUGUCUCUGUGAGCUCAGCCAGAAACUCUGUGAUGAGAAGGACUUCCACCUCUGAUUCAACUUUUACGAAAAUAAACGCAGUCAGGUCAGAGUCUGCAGGGGUGUUUAUAUUAAUGUCAGGAGAACACGAUAGUCUUUUUUUUUUUGUCUUUUCCUUUUUUAACUUGAGAAACUGCAGCGUUUUGUAGUACGCAGGAGUGUUGAAUCUGAUUUUAUGUUUCCUAAAGGAUGCCUGUUUAAUUAAAACAAAAAACAACAACAU